AUGGGCAGUCGAGAAGUACAAGAGGCUGGCUUUAAACCCGGGGACAGGGUGUUAGUGGUGUGGUCCCAGACGUCGGAGCCAGAAGCCUUACAGCAGAUGGUGACUGAGGUGCAGGCCGCAGUCGCUGCUCAGGAAAAAGUCUCUGUCGAAAAUGCACACAGACUCUUAUUAUCCUCUCACAAGGCCUCGUCCUUUGACUGGGUUCUGUCCUACACACUGUGGGAGCCAUCCUUCAGCCACAAUGCAGAGGAGCUCUCAGAGAUGGCCCGGCUGCUGAAACCUGGGGGACAGCUGCGUCUCCAGGAGCCCCUGACCAGUUCAGACAGAGUUAUUGGGCAGACGCUGGAUAAACUGAUGGCAGCGCUCAAACUGUCAGGCUUUAUUUCUGUCACAGAGGAGAGUGUGAACAAGAGAGCGUGCCUCUCCGCCGCAAAACCCAACUUUGAGGUGGGCUCAUCAAGCCAGAUCAAACUCUCCUUUGGAAAGACUAGGCCUGAUUCAAAGAGAGCAGCUCUGGAUUCCAACACUGCUAACCUGUGGACACUCUCGGCCAAAGACAUGGCCGACGAUGAUGUGGACCUCCUAGACUCUGACACUCUGCUGGAUGAAGAGGAUCUGAAGAAGCCAGAGCCAGCCUCGCUCAAAGUGUCUAGCUGUGGAGACGGUGCCAGCAAGAAGAAGAAGGCCUGCAAGAACUGCACAUGUGGACUGGCAGAGGAACUGGACCAGGAUAGCGAAGCCAAACAGAGCCAGCCCAAGUCCGCCUGUGGGAGUUGUUACCUGGGAGAUGCCUUCCGCUGUGCCAGCUGCCCAUAUUUGGGAAUGCCUGCGUUCAAGCCAGGAGAGAAGAUUGUGCUGGACAACAACACGCUCAUGGACGUGUAA